UGGAUGGAGGAGGGGUGAGAAUUUAGGUCAUUGGGCUCCAGGAAGUGGGGAGUGCUCCUUUGUGAGGGGAAAGGCAGAAAGGGUGCUAGGCCUUGCCCCACAGGAGAGCAGGGAAAUCACACCAGACCCUACUUCCCUCCCACAGGUGGGGAGGGAACCCAGGUGUCCUGGCUGCCAGCCUGCCUGUCCCUGUACUUGGUACCAUCUGUUGGCUCUCUUGAACCUCCUUUCCCCCUCCUCCACACAGACUCACCCUUUCUGUCAGUUCACAACAUGACAAGGAGAGACAUGGGGGGUGGGGAGUGGGGGGCCUGGACACCUGGGUUCUAUCCCAGCUUGCAAGGGAGCAGAACCUGGGAGGGAUGGGGGGGGGGGAGGAAUGGGGGAUUAGGAGCUAGGAUGCCUGGGCUCCCUUCCAGCUUGGGAAGGGGAGUGGGGUCUGGUGGGCUCAAGCAGGGGGCUGGGAGCCAGGAUGCCUGGGUUCUCUCUCGCUCUCCCAGUUCUAGAAAGAGGGGUGGGGGCUGGAGAGUGGGUGGGAGGGGUGCUGGGAUGGCUGGGGUCUCUCAGGUCUGGAAGUGGCAGGGUUAGAACAAGAUGGCUGGGAGCCAGGAUGCCUGGGUUGUUUCCCGCUUUCUCUCUCAAAGUUUCCUAUUAUGGCCUGGCAAGGCGGUCAGGCUCGGGGCGUUCCCGCCCUGGCAAGACUACACAAGUCCCUCUGGAAUGCCGGCUACACCCCACUCCGGAAGUGGGGGGCUCCCAUACACACCCCCUAGUGCACCGCUGCGGCCAGGCUCCUGCGAGAAGCCGGGGGGCAGGAAGAGACUGGCUUUCCUGACAGGGUCAAGCCAGCUGGGCACCAUGUCUGACGGGGAGCGGCCUCGGAGUGGCCUCAGCCAGGCCAGCAGCGUCCUCACCAUCUCCUCUGUUACCCUGGGUGCCAAGCCGAUCCGCUCUGUGCGAAGGGUCCACACCUUUGGGAAGAGGGGGAACUCCAUCAAGAGGGAUCCUAACUCUCCCGUGGUCAUUCGGGGCUGGCUGUACAAGCAGGACAGCUCUGGCCUCAAGCUUUGGAAGCGCCGUUGGUUUGUCCUGUCUAAUUACUGCCUCUUCUAUUACCGAGACAGCAGGGAGGAGAUGGUCUUGGGCAGCAUCCUCCUGCCCAGCUAUGAGAUCCAGAUUCUUCCGAAGGAGGCCAAAAACCGGCGCUUCACCUUCAAGGCAGAGCACCCCGGCAUGCGGACAUACCACUUCAGCGCUGACACCCAGGAGGACAUGAACGGCUGGGUCCGCGCCAUGAGCCAGUCGGCAGCAGCAGAGAGCGACCGCAGCACCUUGAGCUGGGCCCCUGCUCUGCCCAUGCCUGUGCACCCCCAGGACAGGCUGUAUGCCAGCUUCGAGGACAUCACGCGGGCCGUGCCACCUCAGGCCCUGGCACCUGCCCCAAGCGCGGAGUCCCUAGAGAUCGCCCGGCUGGCAGAGCCCCAGGACAGGGUCCACUCGUCCUCAGAGAGCCUGCCCCCAACUGGCCACGGGGAAAAUGGUGAUGGGGGGUCUGUGCACAGCGCCACGGCUGGGCCCCCCAGCCCCACCAACGGGGAAUGGGGCAGAGGGGAGACAGCUGGGCAGAGCUCGCUCUGCUCCCAGAGCCUGCCAGGCCAGCAUGCCUCCCACUCCUACUCCCUUCCCCCAACCCCUGUCGAGCUCUCCAAGGCCCCGGGGGCUCCCCCUGACCCCUCCACCCCUCCCCAGACCCGGCGCAGAGCUCGAGCAGCCCCCCUGGCUGCCUCCUGUGAAGAGCUCCCCAUCCUGGCCCACCCCUGGCACAGCCGUGCCUUGGUGCGGCCCCAUACCCCUGUGGGUCGGAUGGACAUUGCCCCAGGCUCCAAGACCUUGGGGGAUCCCCAGGCUGUGGGUGGGACCAGGGGCAGGUCGACCCUGGGGCACCCCCAGGCCCCCUCGGAGCGCUACGACAUCCUGCCCUAUGAAGACCCCUAUGCCCGGCCUCUGGGGCGCUACCUCCGCAGCCCCCACCCCACCCGGGCGCGGCCAGGCACCCCAGCAGAAGAGCUCCCAGGGAACACGGGCACAUUGGGCCACAGCCUGGGGAGGCCGCACCGGGGCCGGAUCUCCGACCAGGCUUUCCCUUCCCCAGGGGGUGGCCACCCUCGUGCCCGCCCCCAUGGCCGACUGGUCACCCCUCAUUCCACCUCCUCCAGCCUCCUCCACCUCCCGCCGCUGCCCCCACCCCCCAGUCGCCCCUCCCUCCAUGGGAAGAGACCUUUGCUGACCCACACGCCCCGGAGUCUGGCCCCACUACUCCACGAUAGGAGCCAUUUCCUGUCCACUCCUGGCUUUGAAGGUGACACGGAUGUCCUUCUGACCAAACUCUGCGGCCAAGACAAACUGCUCCGGAGCCUGGAGGAGGAGACAGGCCAUCUGCGGGCUGAGAAGGAGAGGCUGGAGAAAGCCCUGGAAGUGACCCGCCAUCAGCUGGAGGACUUCAAAGGGCACGACCUGGCCACUGAAAAGAUCUGGUACCAGCAGAGGCGGUUGCAAGAUGAGCUGGUCCAAGUGAGAGCCCAGCUAAGCGACCUGGCACUGGACAGCAAAAGGGCCUGGGCAGAGUAUGCUGCUCUUGAAAAUGAGCUACAGAUGCUGAGAGAGACCCUGGCACAAAUCCGGCACCUCGGGCACCCCCACGAGCAGGAGGCCGCAAAGCAGGAGCUGUGGAUGAUUGAGGACAUCCUGGCAGGGCUGAAAGCCCAUGGUCCCCCCUGCCCCGUGCCAGACACCAGGAGAUGCCCAGGGCUCUCCCCAGCCACCUCCCCGGUCCUGGAGCAUUGGGUCGGGUCAACUCCCAGCUCCUUCCCCUUCCCAGGGCUGGAGGAACCCAGGGAUCCUCAAGAGCUACUGCUAACGGUUCCCGGAGUCACUCCCCACAAUCUGCCUCUUCCCCUGCCCCAAUCCACGCCUGACCAUGAGCCUACACUGGAGCCCACUGGGCGGAUGGACCAACCGGCAGCUGGGCAUAGCCCACCUGUCUCUGCAGUGUUUGGGGGAGCAACCUGGGGCUCAAGGCCCCCCCAGAGUCCUCCCAGAGGAGGGGCCAGAUCACCAGAGCCAGAGAGAGGGAGCCCCAACCUCAUUGCACCAGGUCUUGGCUCCCAAACUGCUGCCCUCCAUCUCCCACGGACCCCCAGCCCAGCAUCUUAUGAGCUGUGGGAACAGAGACCAGUAGAGCUGCCUGCCAAGGUGAGUGUCCCUGUCCCCUCCACCCUGCACCGCACACGGAUGAGUGCCCAGGAGCAGCUGGAGCGGAUGCGGCGCCACCAGGAAGCGCAGCGGUCACAGGAUGGAGGCAGGCCUAGCCCCCCGGGGCCCCGGCGCAGCUCCCUCCGGGGCAGUGCCAGCCGGCUACCCCUCCUGGUCCCACCCCCCAACCCAGGCCCAGAGCCAGCCCAGCCCUGCAGGGGGGGUACGAAUGGGGGGCCCUGGGGUCCCUGCGUCCCAGGUGCCGAGAGAGACCGGCAGCGGAUUGUCAGCCUGUCCUACAUCCUGGCAAGCGAGGCCUCUCAACGCAGCAAACUCAUCACAGGGAGGACCCCAUAUGAGCCCCAGCUUGGGGGACUCAAGCCCCACUCAGAGCCCCACCAAGAGCAACUGGAUGCACUGACCAAUCAGCAUCUCAUGCUUUCUGCCACACGCAUCCAUGGGGAAUACCAGGCCAAUCACGUUGUGGCUGAGAGAGACUGCUCCCCCAGUCAGCGUGCAGUGUUUCCUAUCAGCACAGUGCUACGGUCAGGAGCAGCCAAUCAGGGCUCACCUCUGUCUUGGAACUCUGAUUGGGCAUUGCCCAUUCUUGAGGUGUCCAGUCGGAUAUCGGCUUUGUCUGAGAUGCCCAAUCAGGUGUCACCAUCUUGGACAGAGGCAACCAAUCAAGCUUCAUCCAUGCCUGAUACAUCGCUGCCUGAACCAACCAAUCAGGUGUCAGUUUCACCUGAGCUCCUGCUAGGCAGCCCUGCCCUUCCGGCAGUGCCCCUCACUCUUCACCUGCAGCCCCCUUCCCCUCCCUCACCGCUCUGCUGGUGCCUCUCGCUCCCAACCCACAGCUCUCUGCCAUCUCAGCCCUGCCUCCAUCUCCUGCUGACUGUGCUAGCCAGAGAGCUGAGAUCAGCAUCUAGAAGGAAGAGGAAGUUCAUGGGAUCCGUCAUCCUCCCUAGUUCCCACCCUCUGCAUUUCCAGACCUGGGGCUUGGAGCCAGACAGAUUUGUCCAAACAUGUCUGGGGUCGUACAAACAACCCUCACACCCCAGUUGGAGACCUGUGGGUGUGAUGAAAAGGUGCGGUGGAGCAUGGGGUGCUGAGGAAGCUUUUCUAAUACAGGCAGCUCCUGUGGCAUCUCAAUGCCAGAAGGGGUGCCCUGUAUAACCAACCCCCAGCAUGCCCCACCCCAGAGCCAACUGCACUUCAACCCUGGGUGAAGGGAUUCCUGGAUAAACAGCUGCCCCCUCACCCCAGAGGUACUGGGAACCCAACCCAGCCUUAGCAGGCAAAUAUAUUCAAUAAAGUUU